CUGUCGCGUUUUUCUGUAGCUUAAAUAGCUCUUGAUGACAAAUGCAUAAUGUGUCACUGUCAGUGUCAGUUUACUAUUGACAGCAACUGCAGUGUUUUCUACAAUAAAUAGCUAUUUUAUUUCAGAAAACUUACUAAAUCCGAAAUAAACAUGGAUAUAACAAGAUUACCUAACGACAAGAAAUUACAAUUAUGUAGGUGGUACUUCAAAGUUGGUUGUUUGUUCUUACCGUUCGUGUGGGCGGUGAACGCGGUGUGGUUCUUCAAGGAAGCCUUCACGAAGCCGCCGUUUGACGAGCAGAAGCAAAUCAAGAGGUAUGUGGUAAUGAGUGGUCUUGGAGCCCUGGCGUGGGCGGUGGGGCUGAUCUCCUGGGCGCUCAUCUUCCAAGCGCGGCGGGUAGCGUGGGGCACUACUGGAGAGGCACUGUCUUUCGUGCUGCCACUGGGCAGGGCUUAGUUCUAAGCUUAUCCUUCUAUUUAACUGUUCUGUUCAGCCCUCAUAUAUAUAGAUAUAUGUUUAUAACUGUGCUCCUUGUCACUUAAAAUUACAAUUUUAUUGGCCAAUUGGUUACCUGCCGCAGAAAAAAGCCUUUAAAUUACUUAGCCAUUCAUCGAAUAGCCCCAACAUUGGCUUUCCCUUUGAAUAGCUUACCCGUUAAUUUGACUUAGCUCUAGGAAGGGGUUUCCUUUUCAGGGAUACCGCUAAAUGAAAGGGUAUCUUUCCUGUGCUGUCAACGCGCUAGACACCCAAUCCUUCUCUUUAAACAUAAAUACGUAAUAUUUGAUUCUAUUUUUACCAAGAGAAAGUUGAAAAUGGCAUGUUAUAAUUUAUAAUCGAUACCCCUUCCAGGGGUUAGCGCUUAGGAACAGGUAUCAGCUUGCCCGUAUUAUGAAGCGCUUAAAAAGCCAAAUGAAAUGGUUUUAGUUAGCAACGGCUUUGGUAUUGCUUACCAGCCUUAUGAAAUACCCCUUCAAAAACCCUCGAAGGGAAUACUCGUUAAAGCUCCGAAGCGUAGCAUAGUCGUCUCUCUCUAUCACUCUUCCAUAUUAGUGCGACAGUGACAGUUGCGUUUUGUUAGUCAUUUAGUCAUUUAUUUAUUGCAACCAUAGUUUAGUACAGAUCUUAAUAACUAAGUACAUUCAGAGUCAUAUGGGCCCUGGCAGGGCAUUGCAAUGUCAUACAUAUUUUAAUUUACAAUUAUCUCAAUCGUUAUUCGUGAAUCUACUUAUUUGGUACUUAUUAUGCAUGCAUAUAAUAUUUUUAUAAUCCCAUAUCUAGUCUUAAUUUUAUAUAUUAUGUCACACUUAUUAUCUAUAUUUUUACAACCAUUUGUUUGCACUUACAUCUAGAUCCUAUUUCGCUACAGAGCGUAAUGAUUGGCAUCUUGGCAAGUGGGUAGGUAGUCAAUUGACCAAUAAAACAGUGAUGUUAAGUGUCAAGGAGCACAGAUAUAUACAUAGCUAUAUAUAUGCGUAUAAUUUAUAAUUUUGAAUGGGCUGAAUUUCUGGGUCCUCAUAUUCCUACAGUCAAGUUCAUAAAUAUGUAUACAUUUUUUACCUUAUUGCAAUGGAUUAACGUGAAGAAAUUAUUACAUUUUUUUUUUAUGUAAGGAUCACAUCUACACAAUUACAGGACUAGGAAGUAGAACAUUAACAGAUGCUUAGCCACUUAUAGAUAGAUGACCACAGCUACAUACAUAGCUAGGUGCAUAUUUAUGAACUCGACUGUACCACUCACCAGGCCUUUAAUGUAUGUUUAUUUUCUAAUUGUAACAUUCCACAAAAAUUUCAAAACCCAAAAAAAAAACUAUAGAGAUAACACUCUUCUAUAUUGCUGAAAAGGUUUAAAAAGGUAUUCAAAUAUGAAGCAAAUGACGCAUAUAGUAUUAAGUUUUUUAAGCAAUAAGUUGUAAAUAGAAAUUAUUUAAUAAACUUAAGUUAUUGAAUGCUAAACAAGUGUGUCAUCA